ACAAGAUUUACAGAAUUGCAUCCUCUAGAUAGUAUUAAGAUGCCAUUUUGCUUCGAGGGUGCACCUCAAGUGUCAGUUUUCUUUUUCCCUUUCGGAUGCUUUCUCAGUUUCUCUUUUGUGUCUAUUUUGAGCCAAGAACGGAAUGUGUUCUUUGGUUUAGAGUGUUCCGAGGAACCUUCUGACUGAACUCCCCAAGGCCCUUCAGUGACUUAGUUGGAGCUCUUUUAUAAGUGGAGUUCUUGGUGGAGUUCAAAAUUUUCUAAGUUGCUGAGUUUGGAAAAGGGAAAAAAAGGGUGCAAUCUUUGUAUGACUGCUAUGACAUCAUCGGUUACUUUCCGGGUGUCGCCUUAUUUGGUGUUGAAUUCGCAAUUUAGGCCUCGGUGUAGAAUGCGAGCGAGGAGUUCAGGUGGUGGUGACUCAACAUUGUCAUCAUCUCCUGAAUUGGUUGUGUCGAAUGGAGCUUCUUCUGUGGAGGAGAGAGAGAAAAUUGGUCCUUUGACUGGAGGAAAUGGAUAUGCAGUUUCGAAGAUUGAGGUAGUGGAGGAGAAGAAAAUGGUGGAGAAAGAAGCAAAAUGUUCCGCUGCUUUGGAAGGCUUGGAGGUGUUGUGGGAUGAUGCGUAUGGAUCAAAGAGUGUGAAGGAUUAUCUUGACUGCUCGAGGGAUAUGAUUAGGCCUGACGGAGGUCCGCCCCGUUGGUUUUGCCCUGUUGACUGUGGACAGCCUUUGAAUAAUUCUCCAGUUCUUUUGUUUUUGCCUGGACUUGAUGGCACUGGAUUGGGCCUCAUCUUGCACCAUAGAGCACUGGGGAGGGCUUUUGAAGUUCGAUGCUUGCAUAUCCCUGUUUAUGAUCGGACUCCAUUUGAAGGUAUCUCCCUUUCAAAUCCUUUUAAUUGCUGUGCAUGAUGACAACAACUUAUGGUGGAGUGGAAUGCUUUUGAGCUGUGUCGUAAAAAUGCAAAAGGCAGUGGUGCAUUCACAUCAUUCUUCAGUUCUUCACAUAUUUUCCUUAUCUGUGGCUUCAAGCUGUAUUCAAUACUCGAUCCAUGCCGUUCCUUGUCAAACUUGUUAUGUUAUUGAUGAUCCACAGUUCUCAAAGUGGGUUUACAAGCCCUUUAAAUGGUGAAAACUUUCUUCUAAAUACUCAACAAAUGUUACAAGAAACAAAAUAGCGCACG